AGAUGGAAGAAAAAUACAACGCCAGCCUUUUGGCGGCCGGAAUGCAUUGUGAAGCCCAACAGUUAAUUGCUGAGGGAGUCGGUUUAGUGUUGCAAUCGUACAAGUUGGACUCAUACGUUCAACGUCUCGCGGAAUGCCUUUUCCAUUUUCAUGAGAAAGUUGAUGACUUGUUGGCUAUCGAAGAGCAAAUUGAUGUCGAUGUUCGCUCGCUGGAGACUUGCGCUUAUUCUGCCAACACGUUUGCUGACAUCUUGUCCAAGAUCCAGAAGAUGACCUGAGUCUUCGUCAGUAUUCGAAUUUGCAACAAUGGGUCACUAAACUAGACGAAGAAUUAGAAAAGCGUUUGGCUUCCGGUGGUGGAAUUGGUGGAAUUCAGGCCUGGACCCCUGCUCUUGAGGGUCGCAAAGAAGUCGACGUCGACUACACCAUGGACACCGAUGCAGUGGAACUUGGCGGCCAGCCCCAGAUCCGCACAAUUAUUCAUGAAAUUUGCGUUACUAACCAGACGAUGUAUCUGCAUCCGCCACUGCCUGAAGCUCGUACCAAGAUCUAUGAUCUGAUGUUUGAUUGGCAAGCCAUUGUCACGUCUUUGACUCGUAUCCAGAGUACCGGUUAUCAAGUUGCGCUAGAUCGGCCUACUCCACAAACCUAUCGAAAUCUACUCACAAACAUGCCAGAUGGCCCGGAAGUCCUGGCUGCCGCGAGUGCCGCCUGUACUGCCAUUGAGGGAAGAAUGAAGGAGGUGAAAGUCUACGUCGACGACUCUUAAGGAGGAUCAAUCUCUCUGGCUAUGAAAACACCCACAGAUGGCUGCGGAGAGAAAGAACGUGGCGUCGGGACUGAAAUUUUCAGGUCAACAUGUUAACGACCUUCCAAGAUGCUGAGGCUCCUGAACAUCAAU